CAAUGUCAACACUGUCAACAGUUGUCUGUCAAAAUCAAAACAAAUGUUGAAGAAUAUUAGGAGAGUGAAGAGUGAAUAGUUUAUGACUUCAGCUUUUGCAAGUACUUAUCGUUUUCGAAAAAUGUUUCUGUACUUAUCAUAAGCUUAAAGUACAUGCACAAUAAAUGUAUAAUUUCUUCAUGCAACCCGAUGUUGCAAACUGUUAAUUGUCAAAUUUGAUUACCCAAAUAACAUCAGUACAAUGCCACAGCAGUUCAUCAAGGUAAAAGAAAAUCCGGGAACGAUACCUAAAGCAGAGUUUAAUAAUCCGGUAAAAACUCAAGACUGGGAUUCAAAUUCAAAUUUAUCAAAUUCUAUUGGAGAUAUUUGUCGAAUAUGUCAUUGUGAAGCAGAUGCAGAUAAUCCCUUGCUGUCUCCAUGUUAUUGUUCUGGAAGCUUAAAGUAUGUUCAUCAGACUUGCUUAAGGCAGUGGUUAGCAGCUUCAGAUACGAGAUCCUGUGAACUUUGUAAAUUUAACUUUAUCCUGCACACAAAGAUUAAACCAUUUUCAGAGUGGCGGAUCUUGGAAAUGACAAGCGUCGAAAGACGAAGACUUCUAUGUGCCAUUCUCUUCCACUUCGUAGCGGCGGUGUGUGUUAUUUGGUCGUUAUUUGUUUUAAUUGAUAGAGCUGCCGAAGAAGUAAGGAAAGGACUGAUCGCUUGGCCGUUCUGGACUAAACUGGUGGUAGUAUCCGUCGGGUCGACCGGAGGUGUUGUAUUUAUGUAUAUACAAUGUAGACAGUACUUACAUCUGUUUUCUAGAUGGAAGGCGCACAAUCGUAUAAUCCUCGUACAAAAUGCUCCCGAAAAGCUAGCAGCGCCACCGUCGUCACCUUACUUUCAGCGAGAUAUUAAGCUUCAUGUUCCCGCCCAGGUGGUAACCGUAGCAGAGUAUAAUCAACCAUCUUCAAUAACGAACUCGAAUUCACAAAACGAAAUGCAAAUGUGUUACGUUUUUGAAAAUGAAUGCAAGGUAAAAUGCUGCAGGAGCAGUGCAUCAUCGAUUCAAAAAGCCGAUGUCCAUGUCGAAGAUCUGUGCGAAACACCAAAAAAUGAGAAAAGCUCAAAUAACUCACCUGACUUAUCUAGGAGUAAUAUAUUAGCUUUAGAUAUUGAGUGCCCUUCUAGUAGCAAAAAGAAAUAUUCUUUACAAAAUUCUUUAAAGACUGAAAUAGUGAAAAAUAAUAGGAGCUGUGUUUUCAAAUCUUUGCCUAAUUUAAGUACCAGUAGCGAAAAUUUACUGUUGUAAAUAACAUAUAUUUUUAAAAUGUAAAUUGGUUAUACAAUAAAUUAUUUAUUAUUUCUCA